AUGCAGCCAGAUUUCAGGGAGAAAUACCAAGAUCAUAUUAGAAGGAAAUACCGAGCACUGGAAGAUGUGACCACUUGCCAGGGGGCCCAUGUGCAAUUAAACGGAAGACACGUUCAGCUGAUGGUUGCAAGUGAAGAGGAAGGUGAGGAUGAAAUAACAAGGAGGCAAUGGAGACGUAGCGGGAUCAUCUCUGAGCGAAGUGCUGCUGUUGGCGUGGAUGCUCUGUUUGAGACAGGCACUGAUGGACCUCAGACAGUUGUGCUGCUGGGAGCGGCUGGGGUUGGGAAAACCACACUGGCAAGACGGAUCAUGCUAGACUGGGCGACUGGAAGACUUUUUCAGGAAAGGUUUGAUUACAUUUUCUACUUGAGUUGUAGGCAAAUGACUCUUGUUUCGGAGGAGGCUAGUUUGACUGAUUUGAUUAUCAAUAAUAACCUUGAACUAACUCCAGGCGAAACAAUGAAAGAAUCUCUGAUGUACCCAGGAAAACUGCUCUUUGUAAUUGAUGGCUUUGAUGAACUGAAUGGUUUAAUUAAGCCUCAGGAUGAUGACCUGAGCAUUGACCCAUGCGAGAAGAAGCCAGUGGGUGUCGUACUGAGUGGUUUAUUAUGCAAAACUCUCCUUCCCAAGUCCUGCUUAUUAAUCAUGACCAGGCCGGCAGCUUUGGAAAGCCUUGAGAAUUGCUUGCAGUCUCCUCGCUAUGUAGAACUUCUGGGUUUUUCCAAGGAGGGCAGAGAAGAAUAUUUCCAUAAGUUCUUUGGGAAUCAAGAAUUAGCAAAGCAAGCUCUGAAUUACAUUGAAAGGAGCGAGUCGCUCUUGGUCAUGUCUUAUGUCCCCAGAGUAUGCUGGAUCAUGUGUACUGCAUUGAAACACCAUCUAGAAGAACAGGGCCAAGAAGGUCUCAUACAAGUUUCUGAAACCCUCACUUCGGUAUACAUAAUGUAUCUCUUCUAUUUGAUUGGGUCCUUCAGCAGUAACUCGGAGCAAACAAAUCUAAGAGGACUUUGCUCUUUGGCUGCACGUGGAAUCUGGAAUAAGAAGACCUUGUUUAAGGAAGAAGAAAUCAAGGAACAAUGUGUCUGUCAGUCUGACUCUCUUCCUUCCCUGUUGGAUGGAAAUCUUUUUCAGAAAGACUCUGAAAGUGAAGGUUUAUGUAGGUUCAUCCACCACAGCAUGCAACAGUUUUUCGCAGCUUUGUUUUACGUUUUCCUUUUCAACAGUGCAUCCAGUGACUCUGAUGCUUCUAGGCAUGAUAUCAAAACGUUACUAGAAAGGUGUAGUAAAGACCAAGGGGAUUUUAACUUAACAAUACAAUUCCUCUUUGGCCUUUUAAAUGGCGAAACGAUGAAGGAUGUAAAAAAACAAUUGGGGUGGAAGGUUUCAUCUACAAUCAAGGUUGAUUUAUUAGAGUGGCUUAAAACAGAUACACCGGUAAAGUUAGCGUAUCCAAACUAUAAGCAACUGGAGUGUUUUCAUUAUUUGUAUGAGAUCCAGGAGCAGGAGUUUGUUAAAUGUGCACUAGAUCCUGUGACUGAGAUAACACUGGAAAGGCUGAAACUCACUUCAAUGGAUCAAGAGGCUCUUGCUUUUUGUGUAAAGAACUGUUUAAAUUUGAAGGCACUUUCCCUGUAUAGCUGCUUGUUUUUAGUGAAGGACCAUGAAGCAGAACCACUUCCGAGGCUUCUAAGUUGUCUAUGCAAGCAAUCUAAGAAGACACAGAAGAGUUCAACAAUUUACCUGCUCUGCCAAGUACUGAAGGAUCCAAACAGUAAAAUAAAGAAACUGGAAUUUGAUGGUUGCAAGUUAACAGAUGUUUGUUGUGCAGAUCUCUCCACUGUUCUCUGUACCAACCAGAAGCUGACAGAAUUAGACAUGCAGAUGACCAGCCUGAAAGAUUCAGGGAUCAGGUUGUUAUGUGAAGGACUGAGUCAUCCAGGCUGCAGACUGGAGAAACUGGGAUUAUGGGAUUGUGAGUUUAGUCAUGUUUCUUGUAGCAGUCUCUCUACUGUUCUCAGUACCAGCCAGACAUUGAAAGAAUUACAACUGGGUUAUAACUCUUUUCUGGGAGAUCAAGGAGUUCAGCUGCUAAGUGAGGGGCUGAAACAUGCAAACUGUAAUCUGCAGAGUCUGGGGCUGGAAGAGUGUAAUCUCACUGCUGCUAGCUGUAAGGAUCUUGCCUCUAUUCUUGGCACCAGCCAAACCCUGAUGAAACUAAACCUGGAAUACAACCAGUUGGGAGAUGCAGGAGUAAAGCUGCUAUGUGAGGGACUGAAACACCCAGAGUGCAAACUGCAAACUUUAUUAUUGGGCACAUGUGGGCUCACAGCUGCCUGUUGUGGGGAUCUCUCCUCUGUUCUUGGCACCAGUGAGGCCCUGACCGAGCUGGCUCUGGAAUACAACCAACUAGAGGACUCAGGAGUGAGGCUGCUGUGUGAGGGACUGAAGCAGCCAAAUGGCAAACUGGAAAAACUAGGGUUGGGACAAUGUAGUAUUACAGCAGCUUGUUGUGGGGAUCUCUCUUCUAUUUUAAUGCUCAGUCAGACUCUUACUGAGCUGAUUGUGGAAUGUAAUGAACUUGGAGAUUCUGGAGUGAAACGUCUGUGUGAAGGACUGAAGCAUCCUAAUUGCAAACUACAGAAACUAGGCUUGUGGUUUUGUGCACUCACUGCUGCUUGCUGUGAGGAGCUUUCCUCCGUCCUCGUUGACAACGAAAGGUUUACAGAACUGCAACUAGGAGGUAACAGAUUUGGGGAUUUGGGUGUACAGCUGUUAUGUGAGGGACUAAAGCAUCCAAACUGCAAAUUGCAGAGAUUAUGGUUAUGUGAGUGUGAAAUCACAGCUGCUGCCUGUGGAGAUCUCUGUUCUGUCCUCAGAACAAACCACGUCCUGAAAGAGUUAGACUUAUGGAACAAUAAGCUGGACGAUUCAGGCGUGAAGCUGUUGUGUGAGGGGCUGAAACACCCAGACUGCAAACUUCAAUUUUUGUCGUUGUGGAAUUGCUGUUUCACAGCAGCUUCCUGCGGGGACCUCUCCUCUGCUCUUAGCACCAACCAGAAUCUGAAGAAGCUGCAGCUGGAGGGUAAUGAAUUGGGAGAUUCAGGAGUGAUCUUGUUGUGUGAGGGACUAAAACACCCAAACUGCAGACUGCAGGAAAUAGGGUUGGACAGCGACCUCUUAACUGAAGCUGCAGUGGAAGCGCUGGCUUGCCUGAAAAAGAUGAAGCCGGAUCUCAUCAUCGACACAUAG